UCAAAACCCACAAACCGGAGGCAGGAGGAAACCAAACCUCGCGGGACACCUGUGCUCUUUCUUAUCGUCCUUUUUGAGGUUUUGUUUUUGUUUUGUUUUUGUUUUUUACAGAGCACAUUACUCAAGAUCUGGACCCAUUUCUAAAUUGUGGGUCAUGAUAGCGAGCGGGGAAACUGGGAUGUAGACGCGGAAACCAGCGGCGAAUUCGGCGGCACCACCAGUAGCAGCAUCAGUCGGUCGGCGGAUGGAGAUCCGUUGUGAAGGCGGAGGUUUGAUAAUGAUGAUGAUCAUUACGAUGAUAUAGCAGGUGCUUCAGAUUGGUGCCGCAUUGCCAGACCGCCGCGAGCGACGCCGGAGAGACGGUGAUGCUGUCGUCGUCACUGUGUCACAGGAACAGAGAAAGAGAGGAGAGGCUUUGACAUGGAGGGAAGCGGUUGUCUCUCGGCUCUGAGCUCAGGCCACCCGGAUCAGCAGGAGCAUCACAGCAGCAGCGUCUGUGCCAGUUCUGGAUGGAUUACGUCUACAGAGCAGCAGGCCUCCAUCUGAAGUCAGCUGCUGAUCUGGGAACCAUAAAUAAAAACACUAAGUACACUUCUCUGCCCUGUUGCUGCCGGAGCUAACAAUUUAUUUUGUUUAUUUAUUGGAAGCUGGUGUGGUGGGAUCCCCGUGGAGGGGCAGCUGUUGCAAAAGAUGACUCACUUACAGGCUGGCCUUUCUCCAGAGACUCUGGAGAAGGCCAAGGUGGAACUGAAAGAGAACCCUGAGACUUUACACCAGGACAUCCAGGAGGUCCGGGACAUGAUCAUCACCCGGCCGGACAUCGGUUUCCUCAGGACAGACGACGCGUUUAUCCUCAGAUUCCUCCGGGCGAGAAAAUUCAACCACUUCGAGGCGUUCCGGCUGCUGGCACAGUAUUUUGAGUACAGACAGCAAAAUCUGGACAUGUUCAAGAACUUGAAACCCACCGACCCGGGCAUUAAGCAGGCUCUGAAGGACGGUUUUCCCGGCGUACUCUCCAAUCUAGACAAAUACGGAAGGAAAAUCCUGGUCCUGUUCGCAGCUAACUGGGACCAGAGCAGAUACACUUUUGUGGACAUACUAAGGGCGAUUUUGCUGUCGCUGGAAUCAAUGAUAGAAGAUCCCGAGCUGCAGGUCAAUGGCUUCAUCCUCAUUAUUGACUGGAGCAACUUCACCUUCAAGCAGGCGUCCAAACUGACCCCCAGCAUGCUGCGGCUGGCCAUCGAGGGGCUGCAGGAUAGUUUUCCUGCCAGAUUUGGAGGGAUUCACUUUGUGAAUCAGCCGUGGUACAUCCACGCGCUCUAUACUGUCAUUCGACCAUUCCUCAAAGACAAGACCAGGAAGAGGAUCUUCAUGCACGGUAACAACCUGAACAGCCUCCACCAGCUGAUCCACCCAGAGAUCUUGCCAUCAGAGCUGGGAGGAAUGAUGCCACCAUACGAUAUGGGGACGUGGGCUCGGACGCUGCUGGACCACGCCUACGAUGAGGAAACUGACUACUGUCCAGAGUCCUACACCCUGUCGGUGCAAGACCUGGAGAGAGACUUAGAGAAAAACAUGUCCCCCAAAACCAUGAAGAGGUCUCAGUCAGUGGUGGAACCAGGAGUCCUGAAGAGACCCGAUAAAGUUAAGAGUGAAGAGGACAACAUGCAGCCACUGCUCUCGCUGGACUAAACCACAUAUUAGCAGCUCAAAAGCAUUUCAAUGUCAUCAAUGUUUUUACACACAAAUACACUGACUUAGCUGUGCACAUACUGGAAGCAACACAUGCCCUGAAAAAACAUCUUUCUCCAGAAAAUACUCCUUCUGCUGCCGUUGGAUUCAUGUUUCUCUUGAACUUAAGGAAGAGCAUAUUACCAGAGACAAGAGGGACCUUUCCUCAGACCGAAAGGGAUCCUAAGAGCUACUGAUGGUGU